UGCUCCGAUACGGAUGCACUCGACGUGCGGUAUAAAUGCGACGAUUUUUCGAAGCAAUUAAAACAGUAGUAUCGAGACUGUCGAACGUUAGAGAUGAAGCCUAUUCUCGUAGCAAUAAUCGGCGCUUUUAUCGUCCAGGAUUGCCUGGGCCAGGUUAAGAGCAAUGGAUUACCCGCGGCGUUUGUGGCCGGAGGAAAUUCCCUGCCUUCGACCUCAAUCGAAGGUCAGACAACCGAACAUCUACGCGAUAUUGUUUUGAACGAAACGGCAUCGUACAUCACGCGCGUCUCCGACGAUCUGCUCCGGCAAGUCAACAUCCAAAGCUACCUGCAAGUCUCGGUGCUCAGGGUGGGCCUGGAGAACUUCAACUACCAAUUGGAACAACUGCCGGUCGGAGCACCGGCAAACUCCUUGGAUUUACCGCUCCAGUUUCUCAAUCAAAAAAUCGAGGAAGCUUUCAAUCUCAUUCCGCAAACACUCGGAGGUAACGCAAUGACGAAACUUCCCAAACCCCCGAAAAAAGAAAAAUCCGACUCUCAAAAAUCGUCGUCAAGUGGUGGAAAACUCGCCGUUCACACACUGUCCGAACUGCUGAACAAUUUGGCCCUGGUUUUGGAAACGGAUUUGUCGGCGUUGUCCAAAUUUCAGAAGAAUUUGUUGAGUGCAGCUUACAAAGGAGCUGGCACCGCUUACGCCGACCUUCAGGAUGAAUUCCGAGCCGUGGCUAUCAACAAGUAUUUGGUUCCUGCCUUGAAAUCGAUCGUUCGCGACAUUCAAGAAAAAGCGGUUAUCGCCGAGGCUCAUGUCAGCGUGCUGCUGUGGCACAAAUUUUUAGCAUUGAGCGAUCAGCUCAACCUGGUAGCUGCCAAUACCGAUGUUGUAACCGAGAACAGCAGCAGCACGGUUAUCGAGGAAUGAUAGAAAAGAAAUUGUUUAGCUCAUUCAUCAAAUGUAGAAAUUUCGAAAUAAAAAAAUCAAGUGACGAA